ACAGAAGACAUCAUUAUAUUUUGGUUAAAAACUCGUAAUAAAACAACUAUCUAGUUUAAUAUAAGAAUUUCGCGUCUAUCAAUGUUAUGACUUCUUUAAAAAUGAUCUUAAAAAUUAUCUUUUCUGAGUAUAAUUCAUUAUAAUAUACACAUAAUGGAAAGCGCGGCAGCUUCAAUAUUAAAACGAGCAGUAGAAAUGGAUAGCAAUAAACAAUAUACAAUGGCCUUAGUAUUAUAUCAAGAAGGUAUACAAAUAUUACUUGAUUCCAAAAAAGAAACAACAGAUCCAGCUAAGCAAAAGUAUUUUGCUAUCAAGGCAUCAGAAUAUUUGGAUAGAGCAGAAAAAAUAAAAAUUUUAAUUGAAAAGGAAAAGGCAACUGGUACAUAUAGAGAAUUAAUUAAAAUUGAAACUGAUAGCAUAGGACAUGGCUAUGGUACUGUUUUUGGAAGAUUUUUAGAUGCAACAGUUACAUAUAUUAAUAUUGAAGAUCCUUAUAUAAGAGCAUUUCAUCAGUGUCAAAAUUUUGUAAGAUUAUGUGAAUUAGCCGUGAGGAAAUGUCAUGCAUUAUCUAAAAUAUCUUUAGUUACAACUCUUGAUCCAGAUGAUAAGAAAAAUCAGAUAGCAAGAUUAAAUGAAUUGAAACAAAGUUUAUCAUCUCAUCUUAUUUCUUUUGAAUUUAAAUUUUCUGAUACUUUACAUGAUAGACAAAUUAUACUUAGCAAUGGCUGGAUAAUUAAAAUUGGUCGUGGAUUGGAUUAUUUUAAAGCACCUAAUGGAAAAUUUGUAUUAGGUGCUUGUGAUCUUGAACUAAGACCUUGUUCAGAAACAACUAUAGAUAUAUUUCAUAAAAGUCAAGUAAAUAAUGAUCAAAAAAUGAUUUAAACUGUAAAUUAAAUAAUAAUAUUUUAUAAUAAUGAUAAAUAAUUAAAAAUGAAAAAAUUAAUUUUAUAUAUUCAUUAUAUUUAAUUGAAUUUAAAUUAUGUAAUUUUUAUAGAAUUUGACUUGCAUUGCACAGAAUUACAAUUUAUAUUAUAAGUAUCUAAAUAUUGAAAAAGAGAAUAUACUAUUUUUAACAGUAUUUUUUAUAAUAUUUUUUAUAUCUAUAAAUCAAGAUUUUUAAUAUAAUGUAUAUAUUAUAUCAUAUUUCAAUAUAUAUGAUACAUAAGAGAUAUAUUUAAUAAAUAUAUUUUUAGAUAUAUUUAAUAGAUUUAUUUUUUUUUAUUAUACAAAAGUAUAAAUAUAAAAUCUCAUUUAUCUCAUAAGAUACAAUAUAUGUACAGCUUUAAUAUUUUAAUCUUAUAUUAAUUAAUAUAUUAAUUCAAAGUACUAGAAUCACUGGCCUUUGCAAUAUCAAUUUGUUUUGCGGCUUUCCUACAUGCCUUUCUUAAGGAUUUUGUAUAUUUUAAUAAUCCAGCUUCAAUUUGAUUUUCAUCUUCAGUUAAAAGAUCUUCAACUCUGUAUGAUGGAAGACAAUCUGCACCUCCAACAGCAACUACUUGUCUUGCAAUCUCUGGAUCCACACAGAGUCUUGUAAGUGCUGCGGCGGCAGUAAUUUCUAAUCGUCUGUAUGCAUCCUCCAAGCCAGGAGGUCGCAUUCUAAGAAAAGAAACUAAUGCAAUAGAGGCACGAACUUUUGCUAAAUAUAUUCGAGCUUCAGGUAUACGCGCUAGCUCACUGAUAAGAGCUGCUACUUGUUCCAUUAACCAAACAUUUCUUCCAGCUGAUUUUUUCACAGUUUUUAACAAUUUUUUAACUGUUUCUUGUUCUAAUAUCACAAGAGCAUAUUUUUUGGAUUUGGACAAGUGAUUGAAUGCAGCUGCAACUAACAACAAAGUCUGUCCACAAUUGGUAUUUUCGACUAGACAAUUUAAGGAUGGUAUUAAAUCUUUUGCAAAAGAUUCCAAAUAAGGUAAACCUACACCAUUAACCCAAGGUGCAGUAAUCUGCACAAGUAAUGCUGUCGCUUCCAUUUUUUCUUUCUCACUUGUAUUAUCUGUGACUAAUAGGUCUAUCAAUAUUUCUGGACCACCAUCUUUAACAAAUUGAUUUAUUGCCAUGGCGGAACUACAUACACUCGCUAAUGCUCGUAAAGAAGCUGCGACGAAAUCUAUUGAUGUUUUUCCAGUAGUGAUUACAGAUGUCAAAAGUGCUCUAAUACCUAAACAUCUUGUAAUACUACUUCCUGCUCGAGGUCCUGCUAAACCUAAAGCAGUUAAAGCUGCUAAAGCACCUCUAGUUAAUGUAGUAUCAUCUUUCGGUGCUUCUUCCAGUCCUCUGACUACUCUCUAUAACAUGAUAAUUUUAGUAUUAUAUUUUUUUAAUGUAUAACAUAUUUUUUAUUAUUAAUUAUUUCACAAUAUUAUACAAUAUAAAAUCUUACUUCGAUAUAAAAAUCUAAGCGAGUAUUUACAGCACUGUCAACAAAAUUCUUCAUAUUUUCUAAUUGCGAUAAUAUUUCUUUUAAGCUGUUUUGAUGAAUUCUACGUGGGGAUGGUGCACCCAAUUCCGAAAGCAGGGAAAAAGCGUCAUCUUCUAUGGCACGUAGAAAUUGUUGUUCUAAUCUAUCACUUUCUAAAUGUGAAACUUUGCUGUAAAAAAAUAAAAUGAGUUAUUAAUAUCGUUUA